AGACGUAUGAGGUCUUUUUUCUUUUUCUCCUUCUCCGAUCCGCCCCACCUCAAGGAUUUUUUCGAGGUCUUCUGCAGUAAAUAGACUCCAACUGCGCCAUGCUUGCAGAAAGGCCAAUUAUCAUCCUUGAUCGUAUCAGCGACAUAGGAAGAAGUUUUGUUCAAGGUUUUGCUAUUUCACCCCUAAUUGGAGAAGAGUCAAUUUAUUCUGAACAUCAACAUUUAGACUACUAUCAUUUUUUGCGCAAAAUGGAUACAGCCGAUGCCGACAAGGAGGCGUCCGCAGCAUGCGGUGAUUCGCAGCAAUACUCUGCUGCGCCACCGCCAGCAAAUAACAAGAUCUCAGUGGUAGUAAGCCGGCAUGAUGCAGGGUUUUCCGAAAAUGCGUACAGGUUUGUGGAAAACCUUUUUCCCGACAAGACUUUGGUAACGAAGUAUUUCCAGGCACGAAUAGCGUUCACACGCAGGGAAGACGCUAAAGCAACCGAAAGCGAAAGGCCGGACGCUGGAAUCGUACUAAUCUACCGAGGUCUGUCCGAAUUGCGGGACCUGUUGGAGGCGCGACCAUCUGCGUCGGCGGCAUUUUCCUCAAACUCUGCCGAAACAGGGGGUGACGGGGCAGAGGAAGAGAUUGCUGAACAAUUUCGGUUGGCGGUUUGCGUUCUGAAUGCUCAGGACGGAAAACGGAACGACCGAGGUGAGGUGUCUGCUUUCCGUGUAGAGGAGCAGGAUGACCAGGAACGGGAACAGCGUAGAAAAGCUAUAUCAAUGCUUUUGCCAUUGACAUUUUUUUUUCUUCAAACUUCUGUCUUCUGGUUUGCGUCUGCGCAAGAAAACAUGUGAGUAAAAAGUAGCGUAGGAUGGUCACAUGAUGAACUUCUCCGCACAUUGGAUUUUCAUUUGCGUUUCUCGGUCCUAAAGCUAAAGCAAUUCCUCGAGAAAUAAAAUAUUGACAACUACAGACAUUGACCUGUGCCUGGAUCACGGUUUCCAGCGAAUAGCCAUCAAGGAAGAGGAAGUUCGGGAUUUCCUUGGCCGAGAGCGAGACGACACGCAGCUGCUGCCCGCACAGAAACCUUUUCCCAUUGGCUCUUUGUUGAGAGGAGCACACCCAGAAUCAUGCGGUGCGGAGCCGAAUUCUUUUGUCGACCAAAGUGCAGCAGACGUUUCUGCCACAGAGGAAAUCCGGGAGACCUUUUUGUGUCAUAUGUGGCCCGUCAUACAACCAGUUGAGGCAAAGAAAAAAACUGAGACUAAUGAAGGGCGAACCACCAGCCCAGCGUCACCCAUACGCCGGGACCUCGGUGUAGUGAUAAAAAACCGCGAGAGCGAUGCGCUUCUCCGUGAUAGCACCCCAUCAACCGACGAUGCUUCGCCUGCAUUGGAGCCAACAUCGAGAGGCGCAGAGGAUGGAGACCUAGUUUUGAGUUCCGACUCACCCUCGAAAGUAGCUAGUACCGCGUUGCACCAGGAAGUCGCGGGGGCACAACGAGAAUGCUGUGAGAAAGCAAGGCAGGGACAAAAGCCAGCUACAUCCGUAGAACUAGAAAACGCUGCGGAAGAGGAUCAAGCCGAACACUUGGAAGCAUUGGACACUUUGAUGCAACACAUGCGAUCGGCUCAUGUGCAGGCGAAAAACGAAAACCUCUCCGAUGACGCGCGCCGCAAUCGGGCAGAGGAGCUUGCUAUGCGUAUGAUGGAACUCCUAGAGCUCAGCGACGAGGACGAAAAAUGACAUUGAUUGUUUGAUCGAGUGGAUCUCUUUGUAACAAGCGGCAUCGAGAAGCACAACAAGCGACAACGAACUAAAAAGCAAACCUAAGUACUAUCUAUGCGAAAGAAAAGCGACGCGAUGUAGUUGUCACCCAGACGGAAGUCAUUUGUCGAUAGGUUUUCCUUUUCGCGACAACAUGUAUGUUCGUCUCCUUGACACAGAAAGUGCGCUUUUAUUUAGGUCGUUGCGUCGAUGUCGUCUCUGUGUUGUCUUUGGUCGUCUUGCUUCCUGGCUGAAAGUCGAUGAACUCACCGCAGAGACAGAGAGAUGCUAGCCAUAACAAGGAAAUACCCUUUUCCGAGCGUGCCUACCACUAGCGGAAACUGGGUUAGGGUU